CUCCUGGAUGUGAUGAAACAACCUUUAGAUUUUCGCUCAUCUCCUCUGGCUUUGACAGCUCUGAUGGAGCCGUUCAGCGGUUUCUGUGCAUAAACUCAGCCGCUGACGGUGGAAUCGAUGAGACAUCAUUCCUGUAAACCAAGGGACUUUAAUGCGGCAUGGAUGCUAGCAACGGUCAGCUGCUCACAGGGUCACCGUUACUCCUAAUGUUUGACACACAGACUCCAAAAUUAACCUGAUGCUCCACUUUGACCUAACCUCUGUCCUGUGAGGUUGCUGAAAGAAGGAGAAACCUAAUCUGAUAACCAUGCCUCCACACCCCGUGGUCCAGGCUAUCAUUGAUCUCUCUGCAGGAGCAAUAGGAGGAGCCGCCUGUGUUUUCAGCGGCCAGCCUCUGGACACGGCGAAGGUGAAGAUGCAGACCUUUCCCACUCUGUACCGGGGGUUCGUGCACUGCCUGGUGUCCACCUAUAAACAGGUGGGCAUGCGCGGCCUGUACCGGGGAACCACGCCCGCGCUGAUGGCCAACAUCGCCGAGAACUCUGUGCUCUUCAUGAGCUACGGCUUCUGCCAGCAGGUCAUCCGCUUUGCAGCUGGGCUGCAUAGAGAAGCUGUGCUGAGCGACAUGCAGAAGGCCUGUGCCGGCUCAGUAGCUUCCAUCUUCUCCUCGCUCGUUCUCUGCCCCACUGAGCUCGUCAAGUGUCGACUACAAGCCAUGCAUGAGAUGGAGACGUCCGGCAGGAUUGCUAAGAGCCACAACACUGUUUGGUCGGUGGUGAAAUCCAUCAUGAGGAACGAGGGCCCGCAGGGGUUCUUCCAGGGACUGACCACCACCAUAGCCAGAGAGGUGCCUGGCUACUUCUGCUUCUUCGGUGCCUACGAGCUCUGCAGGACUGGAUUUGCAGACUACAUGCAAUGUGACAAAGACGACAUAGGUGUGGCUCCCAUCGUCUUCAGCGGCGGCUUCGGAGGGGCGUGCCUUUGGCUGGUGGUCUAUCCUAUGGACUGUGUGAAAUCUCGGAUUCAGGUCAUGUCCAUGACGGGAAAACAGGCUGGGUUUUUCAAAACCUUCAUGACUAUCGCUCGCUCUGAAGGAGUGAGAGCUCUGUACUCCGGCCUCACCCCCACCAUGGUCCGCACCUUCCCGGCUAACGGAGCGCUCUUCCUGGGCUAUGAGGCCAGCAGGAAGCUCAUGAUGAAGCAGUUCGACAGCUGAACUCCAUUAAGCUGCUACACUCCCUCUAUGUUACUGCCGACGACACAGCUGCUUUGAUGUUUCCUUAACUUGAUGUUAAAUAUGUUUUAAAACUCGGUUUUGUUUGACAGCGUCAGACUGAACAAAGCCGUGCAGUGAAACUGUGACACUCCAGCUGGUGCUUUCACUCCUACCUCUACAACAUCAUGGCUGCAUCAAAAAUCAUCUCAUCGGGAGGAAGUGGGACGCUUCCUAUCAUUGCUCCUUAAGCAUAGGGAGCUAAUGACCUUUUUAUCUAUUGUUAAGGUGCUAUAAGGAAUCCCAGAGUCCUUUGCGUGAAACGAUGAAUAAGCACAGCCCAGUCAAGCAUUAUCCAUGUACUCAGAUGACUUUGGACACGCCUUUCUCUCUCUGCCAGAAGACGUGUUGUGUUGAGAAAGACAUUUUAUUUUGAUGCAGUAACUCCUCUUUAAAACUCAUAGCAUAAAGGCGUUAUAAAAAAUAUCACUAAGUGUCAUAUAACGUGAUUCAAUUGCUUUCAGAUCCGGUUAGAUGAUUUUGUUUUCUUUAAACAGACUUCUUGUUGAAUUUGAUUCGACUUUUUCCAGGAAAACAAGAAAAUAUUUUGACGGAAAAUAUUUCUUUUCAUUACAGAUUCUGUUUUUUUUUUCUUUUCUUACCUCACUCUCAUUUCAAUCCCUAUUUUUGCACGUUCUCUCACU